GGCACCGACCGGGGCGCUCCGGACGCUCUCGGCUCUGCUCGGCCCCGCUCGGAUCGACUCGGCUCCGCCCGGCCCCGCUCGGAUCGACUCGGCCCUGCCCGGCUCCGCCCCGACUGGCCCCGCCCCGACUCGGCCUCGCUCGGCCCCGCUCGGAUCGGCCCCUCUCGGCCCGGCUCGUCUCGGCGCGGCCCAGCUCGGCUCCGCUCGGCGCCGCUCGGCCCGGCUCGGUCCCGUUCGGUUCGGCUCGGCUCGGCCCAGCUGGGCCCGGCUCGGCUCCGCUCGGCUCCGCUCGGCCCCGCUCGGCGCGGCGCGGCCCGGCCUGGCACCAUGCUGGCGCUCUUCAACAAGCUGCUGGACUGGUUCCGGGCGCUGUUCUGGAAGGAGGAGAUGGAGCUGACCCUGGUGGGGCUGCAGUACUCGGGCAAGACCACCUUCGUCAACGUCAUCGCGUCAGGACAGUUCAACGAAGACAUGAUCCCGACGGUUGGCUUCAACAUGAGGAAGAUCACCAAGGGGAAUGUUACCAUAAAGCUCUGGGACAUUGGUGGGCAGCCGCGGUUCCGCAGCAUGUGGGAGCGAUACUGCCGUGGAGUGAGUGCCAUCGUGUACAUGGUGGAUGCUGCUGACCAGGAGAAGAUAGAGGCCUCCAAGAACGAACUGCACAACCUGCUGGACAAGCCGCAGCUCCAGGGCAUCCCGGUCCUCGUCCUGGGAAACAAGCGGGACCUGCCCGGUGCCUUGGAUGAGAAGGAGCUCAUCGAGAAGAUGAACCUCUCCGCGAUCCAGGACCGAGAGAUCUGUUGCUAUUCCAUCUCCUGCAAAGAAAAGGACAACAUUGACAUCACCCUACAGUGGCUUAUCCAGCACUCGAAGUCCAGGCGAAGCUGAGAUCCCGCGGGCUUGGCUCGGAUCGGGAAGAUGCCAUUGUACGAGCCCAUGCCCCUCUCUCCUGCUCUGUCCCUCCAGCUCUCUCUCUAGAUGGGUAUUUUUAGGGGACCCCAGACUCUGCUCAUGUUGGGGCAGAGUCCUUGUUUUUAUUGUAAAGAAAAUGUCCGACUGCCCUCCUCUCCUCCUCUCCUCCCCUCUCCUCUCUUCCCUUCCCCUCUCUCCCUCUCUUCCUCCAUUUUGGCACUGUUCUGUUGUUGUCUGUGUAUACAGUAUAUAUAUAUAUGUAUAUAUAUUUUAAUUUUUUAAUUUAAGGGAUAGUGCUGUUACUAAACUGGGCCCUGUAAGCAGUAGGAAAGCUGGGGCUCCCUGAGGCCGGCCGGGGGUCAGCGCUGGGAAGAAGAGGAGGGUGGUAGCAGAAGGCAGCCCUUGGGGAUGGGACUGUGCCAGCUGCAGGCAGGUCCCCUGGGGCUCCAUCUUCCCUUCCCUGUGUGUCCUGCUGCUACCUCUAGGCAGAGACCACGCUGGGGGUGUCAGGAGAUGCCCACCUUGCCCUGCCUCAGGCUUCAGUCCUAUGGGCAGGGUUUGAGGGAGGGGGUGAUGCUGCCCCUGGGCUCCAGGGGACAGGGAUUAGUCACAAGCCGCUGUGAUCAGCCUCCCCCCAUUGCCUCUGGCUGAUGUGCCACUGCCCCAACCCCUCCUUGGGGCCCAGGGCCACUUGUCCCCCUGCCCCACAUGUCCCCUGCUCCUGUGCCUGUUCCAAAUCCUGCCCACUGCCCAGCCUGGACGCUCGGGGUGGGCUGAUCUGGGAGACUGGUGCCAGUGCAGGGGGCCCAGCAAUGCCAGCAGCCCCUGGGGGCACGGGGGCCUGGCUCCUGCCAUGCAGCUGCCCCACAGUUGGCUCAGCCCUCUGUAGCCUCUUGGGGUGGCUGCCCUGGCUCCCCAUGUGCCAAAUGGCAUCGCCUGUGCCUGGCUGGGGCUGCUGGCUCUGCUCUGGCUGGGGACAUCCCGUGGGGACACUGGGGAGGGAGGGACACAUGGAGACACCUGGAGACACGUUCAGAGCAUCUGUGCACCCUCAGCGCUGCUCACUGGAGCCAGGGAGGUGCUCCCUGUGCCUGUUCCCCGUGUCCUGCUCCCCAUUCUCUGUUCCCAUUCCCUACUCUCUGUGCUCUGCUCCCCAUGCUCUGCUCCCUGUUCCCUGCUCCCCAUUCCCUGCUCCCCAUUCCCUACUCCCCGUGCCACCUCCUGCUGUGCUGCCCUGGCUGGGGGACAUGGGAGCCGUGGGGCAGGGGGCAGUGGGGCUUGUGGGGACCACAGUUGGGUCCUUGUCUGCAGGUGGCGGGAGGAUGACGGGAGGUUUUGGGGGGUGAGGAAGGCUGUGGCCAUCUGUGCCAUGUGAUGAUUUGUUGGGGCUCUGUUGGGGCCCGGCCAGGUUGUUUGGGGCCAGUUUUUGAGGACUCAGCUGUGCUGGGAGGGGCUGCUGGAGGGUGGGUGUGCAGGGGGAAGGCAGUUGUCAGUCCCAGUGCAGGGCUGAGGCACAGGGUGGGGGUGGCUGGGGUGGCUGCAGGGUCCCUCUCAGCCUCUUCCCACUCAGCUCUGGGGCGUCAGGCCAGGGGUUUAUCUUCUGUUCUUGUUUUUGCAAAAUUGCACAAAGAGAGGUUUCUUUUUGGUUUUUUUUUGGUUUUUUUUUUAAUUUAAUGACUUGUAAAGUGUUGUCACCCCCCACUCCUCCCUUUUUUUUUAAAAAGGUAUUUUGUCUCAGAUUUGACCUCUGUUGGGGAAUGAUUCUUGUAACUGUACAAUUUUUUUUGCCUCCUAAUAAUAAAUUAACAAUUUUGCGUUGGG